AUGCGGCUCCUCCAGCGUCUCAUGGUCAUCUUGGCCGCCGGCACCGGCGCGCUGUGCGACCCGUCCACGUCCGUCAUGGGCGUCGCCUACCGCCACGGCGGCCUGUGCUCCGGCAGCGCGCAGCCCCGGGGCGCGCAGGCCAUCAUCAUCAGCGAGAAGUGCUUCAACACCAGCAACGUAGAGUGCGUCGUUCCCUCGUUCCCUCGCUCCCUCGCUCCCUCGUUCCCUCGCUCCCUCGUUCCUCGACCCCCCGUCGAGCGGCAGAGGCCGGCACGGGAGACAUCUGCUGACGAGCGUAGAGCGCUGUACCUCGGUUCCGCGGCAGGCUCGUGCUGGGGAUAUAGGAUGCACGACUGCGGCGGGUACAAGCGGCCGAUCAACAUCACCAAGGGCUGCAACAGCCUUGUGCGUCUCAGGAACGUCCCCAUGUCUGCCAUGUGUCGCUUGCCGGUUGUGUAG